AUGAACGGCGCAAGCCCCCACAUGUUUUUUCAUGAAAAUGACAUGGUCUUCGUACAUAAGAACAGUCAAUCUGUGGGCAAACUUGACUCUGGCAUGCGCGGUCCGUACAAAGUUGUGCGCGCAUUGCCUCAUGGUCGAUACGAGCUGAAGCUUAUUUCUGGCUCACUCGGGAAGACCACAGAAGCUGCUGCUGAGCAUAUAAGUGCUUGGCACGGAGAAUGGACACCAGAUGUGUGCGCCGUAUUCUUCGAGUGUGAUGAGAAUGAGAGCUGCUCUGACGAUAGCAUCAUCGCUGGCCCGUCGCACCUACGUGACGUCACCAUAGCUGAAAGAGCGGGCGAGGGCGCUCCGCCGUCAGGAGAGGCCGUGUUAGCGGAGAAUGCUCAAGAA